CGGCUGCUGAUUCCCAGGGCCGGGGCUCAGCUCUGCUUCCCUGCCUGCUGGGCGAGCUCUGGAAACCGGGAAGGGACCUGCUCUGGGGUCUGCUGCUCGGGAACCCCCUGCUAACGCGUGCCCCGCGGGCGGCCGCGAGAGGCCGUGGGACAGAGCGGGUCUGGGAAGGGGGCGCGCUCCUUCCUUCCGCCGCCUCCGCAUCUCGCUGCGUCCUCCCGCCCGCUCAGCCUCCCUGGCCACCCUGCCCAUUCCCGUGGCCUCCACAUCUAAGCCCCGAAACCCAGACCGCCAACCCGCUGCUCACCUUUACCUGGAUGUCCCAGGAUACCUCGGAGUCGUCAAGUCCGAAACAGAACUCACUCUUGUGGCCCGCCUUCCCCGCCCCAGGAAGGACCUUCCCCAAGAAGGGCCAGACGUGUGUGGUGCACUACACAGGAAUGCUCCAAAAUGGGAAGAAAUUCGAUUCAUCCAGAGACAGAAACAAACCUUUCAAGUUCCGAAUCGGCAAACAGGAAGUCAUCAAAGGUUUUGAAGAGGGCACAGCCCAGAUGAGCUUGGGGCAGAGGGCGAAGCUGACCUGCACCCCUGAUGUGGCAUAUGGAGCCACGGGCCACCCUGGCGUCAUCCCUCCCAAUGCCACCCUCAUCUUUGACGUGGAGCUGCUCAACUUAGAGUGAAGGCAGGAAGGAACUCGAGGUGGCUGGAGAUGGCUGCGGCUCACCCUCCUAGCCUGCCCCGCCACUGGGACGGCUCCUGAUUGGGGCUCUUGAUCAGUGUGCUGACCUCACCGCCCCACAGCAUUAUCCAUUCUCUCUGCCCAAGUUGCUCUGUAUGUGUUGGUCAUUGUUCAUGCACAUCCUUGCUCGAGGAAACGCAAACUUUGGUUGCAGAUCGAAACAUUUCAGGUUGUGCAUUUUGUGUGAUGCAUGUAGUAGCCAUUCCUGAUCACAGAACACAGAUUUCUUGUUCGCACAAUUGAUACUGCCUUACCUUCACUUAACCCAGACACACAAGGUGCUCAGAUAUGAAAUGUAUAUGGUGUACACAGAGGGACUUGAGCCAGUUACCUUGCUGUCACUUUCUCUCUUAUAAAUUCUGUUGGCUGCUCACUUAAACAAUGUCCUCUUUGGAAAUAAUAUGUAAAAUAAAAGUUCUGUGCUUGACAAA